CCUAUCUUUACAUCUAUCCAGUCCAGCCACUACCUCACAAAAAACCUAUCUUUCCAUCCAUCCAGUCCCUCCGUCCAUCCGUCUAUCCUUUUCCUACAAAGCAAAUCACCAUGUCGGACACUCUCAUCACCGACAAGUCCCGCUACUUCGUGACGGCGGAGGAGAUCCUCCAGCCCAGUGAGGCCCGCGAGACCUUCCGCAAUCACUUCCUCGCUGUCCCCAUCGAGGAGCACGGCAAGCAGUGGUCCAGUCUUUGGGACGAAGGAAACUUCCUUCCCUGGGACAAGUUCUGUGCUAGCCCGGCACUCGAGGACCUCCUCAACAGCCCCGAAGUGCGUCCACUUCUCGCAGCCCACACCAGCAAGACUGCUCUCGUCCCUGGCUGUGGCCGUGGCUACGAUGCUCUCCUCUUUGCCUCCCACGGAUACUCUACCGUGGGCGUUGAGAUCUCUGGCUCUGCCGUCCGCGAGGCCAAGAAGUGGGUGCAGGCCCAGGUGUCCUCCGGCAAAGUCGACGUCAAGAAGCUCGCUCCCUGCGAGUUCAUCCUCGCCGACUUCUUCGAAGACGAGUGGCUCAAGGUUACGGGAAUGAAGCAGGGCGAGUUCGAGCUGGUCUACGAUUAUGCUUUCCUGGUGGCCAUGAACCCUACCAUGCGCCAGAAGUGGGCCGCGAGAAUGGCCCAACUCAUCACGCCUGGAACCGGUCUGCUGGUGUGCCUGGAGUAUCCGCUAUUCAGGCCUGCGGAGACCGGUGGACCGCCGCACGGCAUUAGGUCUUCGGACUAUGAUGCCCUUCUUAGGAAGAACUUCGACAAGGUCAUGCACUACAUGCCGAAGCGCACCCACCAGGUCGGUGAGGGCAGCGAUAUGAUCUCGGUUUGGAGGAGGAAGGAGGUGGCCAAAUUGUAAUGGCACUCUGGGGGGGAAAUC